AUGAGGCCGCUGUCCUUCGAGAACCUGAGGAGGCUCGUCGGUCGCAAGAAGGACCGUAACGAGCCGUCCUUCAAGCGCAGCGAGUCCUUCAAAAGGAUAUCGAUAAGAAAAAGUUACCUGGACCGGGGCAAACGACGUAACAAGCUUCAGAAGAACUUGGAGCCUGGCAACGCGACGCCUACCAUCGACUCCAACUUGAACGAAAAGCCUCUCGAAAAGCAGAGUAUAUCGAAAGAACAGCAACAGCAAAAAUGGAAAAAACUUGAGGACGAUACGUUGAGUCGGGAAUCGAUCAGCUACGACGAAUGGUUGCAAGGUGUUAGCUCCUCGUCUCGCGAGAAACUGGACGAGGUGCAUCGAGAACAGCAACAAAAUAAACAGAACAAACAGCAGACUCCUGGAAAGAACAAGAUUUGCAAGUUUCCGAAGCAAAACGAGCCUGACCACGUGGCUGAAGACUUGAAGGUGCUCGAGUUGGAUGCCUCGCCUGUUUUACCGUCGAAACCAUUUAGAGCUUCGAGCGAGACGAUUCAAGAGAAGAACAAUCAGCAGGAUAUUCUUCAGGUUCAGGAACCUUUCGUAGAGGGACCUCCCAGCGUUAGCAUCAGCCUUGGUAGAAUAUGGAGGGACGCGGUACCCAUGCCUUUUCCUUCGUCCUCAGGACCAUCCGUUCAUCAUUCUUUGGACAGUGCUCUAAAGGAGAGGAAACCUCAACCAACGGUGGCGAGGACGGUAUCGGCGCCGGAGAAGAGCAUCGCAGGGAAGGACGGAUCGUCCGCGUUCGGAUUCUCUCUGCGAAUCGGCAAGCUUGCCGAUUUUCGUGCAGGGGGUACCAGGAACGGUUUCUUUAACCGGCGAUCGAACAAACCGUCGCCCAGCGUGAGCGCCGAGGGCUACUUCAAGCGAACGAACGCCUCGAGGCGGUCCAGUUCGAGACGUCGUGGACGGCGAACAUCUCAAAGGACGAAGAAACCUCAGCCGGUGCGAUCGAACAGUCCCGUGUGGUUCGUACCGCCGGAGAGACGCCGUUCGAGACGUCAGAGGCGAGUGUGGCGCGAGAUUAGAUACUUUCCCGAGAGCGAGAUCCCGAUGAUAGAGAGGAUCGACGAUUGGUCGUCGAAUCUGUCCGACGACCAAUUCGACGACUUGAAGCUGUUGCUCUCCGGCGAUUUCAACGACAGACGAGAAGGUGGAUUGAACUCGUUGGUCUCUUCGUCGCUGGGCUCGUUCUCAGCCACGUCCUCUUCGUCGUCAGCUUGCAGGGCUCCGAAGAUCAGCGACUUCAACGAAGACAAGUUGUUCUCGGAGGAGCUACGGAGCAGCGGCGUUCUAGCACGGAGAACCACAUGGAGACCGAUCACUUCCAACUACUUCGCUAGCAACCAGUUCCUCAGCUUUCUGUCCAAGGGAUCGAGCAACUUAAUCGGCAAAGAGAAGAGCACGAGGACCACCACGGACACGUCCAUGUAUUACAGGUGUCUGUCGUCCACAGAUAGCAGCGAUACCGAGGGAGAGCCUAGCGAUCUCGGUCUCGAGCGUAGGAAGAGCUCUCACGCGAUACACAGGCAACAGCAACAUUUGAAGAGGCAAAGGUCGGGCCUGAGAAGGAGGCCUCUCAGGCGAAAAUCUCAGCUUCGAAAGGCUUCCGGCCAGCCGGUAUUUCUCGUGCGAAAGUGCUCGUCCUUGAGGAAAAGACCGAGGGACAUUACGCAAAAGGGCUACGAGAAGAAACGGACACGUCUACUACAGCAGUAUGCCUCGAAGCAGCUGGGGGCUGGAAAGGAUGGAGGAGGUGUCGGCGUCCUCGGUAUCGGAGGGUUGGAGAGAACGGUGUAUGGAAGCGGUGGUGGUGGUGUCGGUGUCGGAGGUGGUGGUGGCGUCGGCGUUGGCGUCGGGGUCGGCGUCGGUGUCGGUGGCCGACCACAGCCACGUGCACGACGCACGCAACGCCGUGUCACGCACAACGAGAAGCGCUAUCAUUCAGGAGGCCGGCUAGUACCUGGCGGGAUCGCCAGUCCCCCGGGAUCUGGCGGCUCCACCGGAAACACCGGGAACUCGAACUCGGCGGCUGCGAGACGCGGCAAUCGCAGACUCACGCGCAAUGAGAGCCGCUAUCAUUCCGAGGUCCGCCAGGAGGCGGUGCAGCAAGCUUUGGCGGCGAUGCAGGGCCGUCCUAAGCCGUCGUUGCCCAUGCCGUCGAAAAGAACGUCCGUGAUGGCCAGAAGUCCCGACCGGGAGCGUCGCGACAGCGGGGAAUCGAGUAGCGACGAGGACAGCGUGGUCACCGAGGAAAGUCCCGGUGCUGGUGGUCCCACGGGCACAGGACUGUCGGAUACUAGCAGCACCGGUUCGGCGCGAGACACGCCUCCACCCCCAAGACCACCAGCCAGGAGACCUCCUGGUGCGGACAUCACCGACAUCGCGGAAUACACGCCCCAUGCCUACUGCAACAUCCAGCCUCCGGACGUGACGCACACAAGCAACACACCGGCUGCACAGCAGUCGACCAGGCGACCGGGCGCCGAUCGAGUGAAUCGUUAUCACGUCGUCGAGGAUCAGAACAACACCGGGACCACCGGACGUUGGAAGGUCUCCGCGAAGAUUCAACAGUUGCUGAACACGUUGAAACGGCCGAAACGUCGACCUCUGCCCGAGUUCUACGAGGACGACGACAUCGAGCUCGAGAUCGCGGCUAAUCCCAAGGAUCCGAAUGCACCGAAACCUGAGGGCGGUUCUAUGACCUCCGCGGUCGGCGAACAAUCAUCCGUGGCCGCUGGUUUACCUAGGUCUCUCGAGGCCGCUAUACAGAGGUAUGGUUCCGCAUCGUACAAGGCGCCAGUGGCGACCGUGCUCGAUCCAAACGGCAAGCUAUGCGUAACGCUCACGUAUGGAAAACUCCUAAGUCGUUCCCAUAAAAUAGCCUACACGUUGUUGAACAAGGCUCUAAGUCGUGGCGGCGAUUGCUGUCUGAAACCGGGCGAUCGAAUCGCCCUGGUCUAUCCGAACAACGACCCGAUAAGCUUCAUGUGCGCCUUCUACGGUUGCCUCCAGGCUGGUAUUGUACCUGUACCCAUCGAGGUCCCUCUAACGCGUCGAGAUGCCGGCUCCCAGCAGAUUGGUUUCCUUUUGGGUAGCUGUGGAAUUCAGGUGGCGUUGACCAGCGAAGCUUGCCUGAAAGGCCUGCCAAAGACCGCAGCUGGCGAAGUUGUAGCGUUCAAAGGGUGGCCGAAGCUACAUUGGUUCGUGACAGAACACUUGGGUAAAACACCGAAAGAUUGGCUGCCACCGCCUCGAUUGACAGACGACACACCGGCGUACAUCGAGUACACGACGGACAAAGAUGGCUCGGUGAUGGGUGUAACGGUGACGAGAUCAGCUAUGUUGGCGCAUUGUCGAGCUCUGACGCAAGCCUGCGGCUACACGGAAGGGGAGAACGCGGUGUGCGUUUUGGACUUCAAACGUGAGGUCGGUCUGUGGCACAGCACCCUCACCAGCGUUCUAAAUGGGAUGCACGUGAUCUUCAUACCGUACGCUCUGAUGAAAGUGAACCCCGCGAGUUGGAUGCAAAUGAUCACGAAACACCGCGCGAGCGUAGCCGUGGUGAAGUCGCGAGACCUCCACUGGGGUCUCCUUGCCACGAAGGAUCACAAGGAUAUCUCGCUGUCGUCGUUGAGGCUGUUGCUGGUGGCUGACGGUGCAAAUCCAUGGUCGCUCUCCUCCUGCGACCAGUUUCUCUCGGUAUUUCAGUCGAAGGGCUUGAGACCGGACGCUGUCUGUCCUUGUGCAUCGUCCAGCGAGGCGCUCACUGUAUCUGUGAGACGACCGGGUCGUGCUGGAGUAAACGCUACCGGGCGUGGCGUCUUGUCUAUGUCCGGACUGAGUUACGGAGUUGUCAGAGUGGAUCAAGAGAAUUCUCUCACUUCCCUCACGCUUCAGGACUGCGGCCAAGUGAUGCCUGGAAGUAUCGUGGUGGUGAUCAAAAUGGAAGGACAGCCCUUCAUAUGCAAAACUGACGAAGUGGGCGAGAUCUGUGUGCACAGUUCAGCCACUGGAAAUCAAUACUGGGGAUUACAGGGACUGACGAACAAUACGUUCAAAGUAUCCCCACUCCAGGCUGAUGGAAGUCCGCUUGGCGAUGUGGAAUACACGCGUUCUGGUUUAUUGGGUUUUCUGGGUCCCGGAGGCCUCGUGUUUGUCUGUGGAUCGCGCGACGGCCUCAUGACUGUCACGGGAAGAAAGCACAACGCUGACGAUAUUAUAGCUACAGUUUUGGCCGUCGAACCGAUGAAGUUCAUUUACCGCGGUCGAAUAGCCGUUUUCAGCGUGCGCGUUCUCAGGGACGAGAGAAUAUGCGUGGUCGCGGAGCAACGACCCGAUUGCAGCGAGGAAGAAAGUUUCCAAUGGAUGUCCCGAGUGCUUCAAGCUGUUGAUUCUAUCCACGCUGUCGGGAUAUAUUGUCUCGCUUUGGUCCCGCCGAAUUAUCUGCCGAAAACACCGUUGGGCGGUAUUCAUCUGUCGGAAACGAAACGACGUUUCCUAGAGGGUACCCUACACCCGGCUAAUGUUCUUCUUUGUCCGCACACUUGCGUUACCAAUCUACCGAAACCACGCGAAGUCCAUUCAGCGGGGGAUUCUGUUGCAGACGUUGGUCCGGCCAGUGUGAUGGUGGGCAACAUUGUUCAGGGUAAUAGACUGGCCUCGGCUCAAGGACGAGACAUGGGUGUCUUGGACGAGGAUAGUGAUAAUGCUAAAAAGUAUCAGUUCAUCUCAGAGAUCCUACGAUGGCGUGCAGUCAGUACCUCCGAUCACGUGAUUUUCACGUCUCUGAACGCGAAGGGAGCGGUAGCAACCUCUUUGUCUUGCUCGCAAUUGCACAAGAAGGCCGAACGAAUCGGGAAUUUGCUGUUAGACCGUGGAAGGAUCAAUACAGGGGACCACGUGGCGUUAAUAUUUCCUCCUGGUACAGACUUGAUAUGCGCGUUUUAUGGUUGCUUGUAUGUUGGAGCCGUGCCAGUUACAAUUAGGCCACCUCAUCCGCAAAACCUCCAAACCACUUUACCAACUGUUCGCAUGAUCGUGGACGUGAGUAAGUCUGUGCUCGUGCUCACGAAUCAGAAUCUCCUGAAACUGCUGAAGACAAAGGAAGCGAACAAUGUCGUGGACAUUAAGAGUUGGCCGACGAUUCUCGAUAUGGACGACAUGCCAAAGAAGAAGCUACCUGUUAUGUAUCGAGCGCCCACUGCGGAGAUGCUGGCAUAUUUGGAUUUCAGCGUCUCGACUACGGGCAUGCUUGCCGGAAUUAAAAUGUCCCAUGCAGCUGUGACGUCUCUGUGUCGUGCCAUGAAACUUGCCUGUGAAUUGUAUCCAUCUAGACACAUCGCUCUGUGCCUGGAUCCUUACUCUGGAUUGGGAUUCGCUCUCUGGUGUUUGAGCAGUAUAUACAGCGGUCAUCAUUCCAUACUUAUACCGCCGUCGGAGGUGGAGGCUAAUCCAGCGUUAUGGUUGUCAGCGGUUAGUCAGUCCAGAGUGAGAGACACGUUUUGUUCUUACGGUGUGAUGGAGCUGUGCACAAAGGGUCUUGGCUCUUCUGUUCACGCUCUGAAAGCGAGAGGAGUUAGUUUGGCCUGUGUCAGAACGUGCGUGGUUGUAGCUGAAGAGAGACCGCGAAUCGCUCUAACAACGAGCUUCAGUAAACUCUUCUCAGCUUUGGGACUCAGUCCACGUGCUGUCUCGACGUCCUUUGGAUGUAGAGUAAACACAGCUAUUUGCUUACAGGGAGCAUCGAGUCCAGAACCUUCCACAGUAUACGUUGAUCUUCGUGCAUUGCGCAACGACCGAGUGUCUCUGGUCGAACGAGGUAGUCCACACUCCUUGUGCCUGAUGGAAUCAGGCAAAUUACUCCCUGGAGUGAAAGUGAUCAUCGCUAAUCCAGAAACGAAAGGACAGUGUGGAGAUUCUCAUUUAGGCGAAAUUUGGGUGCAAUCUGCUCACAAUGCCAGCGGCUAUUUCACAAUAUACGGUGACGAGAGCGAUUACGCGGAUCACUUCAACGCUCGCCUCGUCACAGGAAACACGAACGAGGUUUACGCAAGAACCGGCUAUCUUGGUUUCUUAAGACGUACCGAGAGCGUUCAACAGUCGGUUAUCAGUGACAUUCCCGGUGACACUUCCGCUGAAGCGGACCUCGUUCCUGGUGACGCUGAAUUACACGAUGCUGUGUUUGUAGUAGGCGCCCUCGACGAAGCUAUUCUGCUCAGGGGAAUGCGAUACCACCCGAUUGACAUUGAGAAUAGCGUAAUGAGGUGUCACAAAAAGAUAGCAGAAUGUGCCGUAUUUACAUGGACCAACCUCCUAGUAGUAGUGGUGGAACUGGACGGGAGCGAAAGCGAAGCUUUAGAUCUCGUAGCACUGGUUACCAGCGCGGUUCUCGAAGAACACCAUCUGGUAGUUGGUGUGGUGGUCGUUGUGGAUCCAGGAGUGGUACCGAUAAAUUCGCGUGGCGAGAAGCAACGAAUGCACUUGCGUGAUGGUUUCCUAGCGGACCAACUCGACCCCAUCUACGUCGCGUAUAAUAUGUGAGCGAUAUCGGAGGACGCGGCAAAUGCAUUACAUAGUGAACGACGCGAGACUGGUAUCGUACUUUCCAGUCACGUUGUUGCCUCUACUCCCAU